CAGCCAGUUAGCUCUUGGUGUGACAUACAAACGCUCCUUCUUAUAUUGGAGUUACAAUAUACUUAUCAUAUACAGUAUGUGUGUGUGUGUGUGUGUGUCUCCUUGCCAAACUGCUGUACUGUGCAUUAUCUGUUACACCAUCCACUCACUACUCAUUGACCCUCUGAUACUGUCUCAUCGCAAAUUGCUCUACAUUUCCAAGAUGGUGAGCACCACAAUAAGAUAUACAUCAAUUAAUUAAGAACAAAGGCUGUAGAGAAAUAUAUUUGAGAGGACACAGAACCUUCACCAUCAAAUGACAGAAUAUAAAAAAUACGAGUGAAGGAAAACAGGAAAACAAAAUCCCAUGAGUGCUGUUUGUCUGUGAUUGUCGAAGGUGAUAUCAAUAGACCAUCAGUGAGGAAGAAGCGUGAAUUAUGAUGCGUGAGGGUGAUGAGGUCCUGCCACUCCUCUCACACUGAAGCUUCUACCAUGAGUCCUACAGUGUGUGUCGGGAUACAGUUGGUCUUAGCCUGGCUGGUCUCUGGUCACGGUGACACACAGAUGCACAGGUAUGCCAGUACAGGUCUUUUCUCUCCAAUAUCCACCAAUGUCACCACUACCAUAGCUGCUACCGUCACCACUACUAUCACCCCCAACGUCACCACUACCAUAGCUGCUACCGUCACCACUACUGUCACCCCCAACGUCACCACUACUGUCACCGUCAAGACAACGACACCAUAUACAGACCCUAAUUGUCAAGGCUCCAUAUGGUACACUGAGGCAGGGGAGAAGGUGGUGUUGGAUCCCCCAGGACGCCUUCUGACGGUGCACCUCAUGCGUCCCACCACACAUGCUUUUGUUCUUCAUCAUCACCACUCACCCAGCCGACCACCCACUCCCUUACAUUACCAGGUCCAGGUUGUGGACAAUUACACCAUUACAGCGUCUCUGAAGGAUACUGCUACUGCCGAGUACCUUUUGAUGUGUGCGGACAUUAGCAAGAACAGCUGCUGUUUCGGUCAAGUCCAUGUCGGGUAUCCUCCGCUCGACGUGAAGACCUUCCAGUGCGUGUCGUACAACUGGCAGGUUCUCAGGUGCAACUGGACCAUCCCGGACAACAAAGUACAAGUAAAUUCUGACGACUACAAGCCCUACCUCAUUCCUUCCCAGGACGCUGACAGAGUCGAGUGUAAGUGUGAGACAGGUGGCGUUAAGGACCCCUGUGACUGUAUCAGCACCUGCUGCUUUUGGCGGGCUCCGGAUUACAGCGAGGUCGUCCGUUUCCCUAGUGUCAUAUUCCAGGUCUCAAAUAAACUGAGUCAGGAGGUCAAAAACUUCACGCACAAGAUCGACAACUACGCCGUGGUGUUGCCGGACCCAGCUGAACAUGUGGUUGCAAGUCCUACAGCAGCGUCGCGGCAGUUGGUGGUGAAUUUUUCGCUACCCCGGCCGAUGGAGGUGUUUGCGGCCACAGCGGGUGUCAUGUACAGGAUCGACCACCGCCUUGACCCCGCUCACUACCCAGGGUCUCUCUGGGGCACGAAUACAACAGGCGAAUGUCACUCGAACCAAAUAGAGCAAAAGGCGGCGGUGGUGGUGGAGUACUGGGGACAGCAGUACCAAGUGUGUGUCCGUCUGCGCUCUAAAUACGCCCUCGACGUUGACGGGUGGUGGUCCAACUGUUCCACCACGACUACUGCCGCGUCUCCUACAGUGCCUGACAGUGCUCCAGUAGUAGGACCUGGCACCUUCCAGGUCAGCAACAACAUCCCAGAGCUGCGUGACCUGACCUUAGCCUGGCAACUUGUCCCGCCCCUCCUUCACAACGGCCCAAACUUCUCCUACGUCGUCAGUGGGGUGCCGGGCAUAAGGAGUAUCACAGUGACGGAGCCCUUCGCCACCUUCACCAACCUCUCCACCAUGGUUCCCUACAGGCUGCAGGUGGUGGCAGAGAACAGUGAGGGGAGAAGCUCGGUGACGUCAGUAGUGAAGGUGGAGGCGACCAGCGACCUGCCUGACCCUCCCGUCCUGCCCGUCGUCGUGUACCAUCAACAACAACACCUGUAUGAGCUCAGAUGGUGCAACCGGGAAGAGAAGAGCAAUGGUUCCUACAUGGUGUAUGUGUGUACGGAUAACCUGGACACGAGCCAGCCUUGCAAGGCUGACCUACGCUGGAUCAACGUGGGACAGGUGAUGGCUGUCAAUGUAACGAUGGAGAACUUCAACCUGACGGAUGGGAGAGGAGUGAGGUUCGCUGUGUCAGCUGAGUCCGACAGUGGCGCCUCUAGUGGCAUGACCUGGGACAAGUGUGGCACCCCGCGACCCUACAACACUAACCUCCAGCCCCCUACAGACCCCAAGUCCGAGGAUGUGAGACAGACGACGGCAUGGGUGUCGUGGAAGCUGGACUGUGAUAACUGGGCAGGUGUGGUGGAGAGCGUUGUGGCCAAAUGCUGCACAGGCCACCACAACCUCCCCCAAGACUGUACGGGAGAGGAGAAGGAGGUGGAAGAGGAGGAGAGCGAGGUGUGGAGGCAACGUGUGGAGGUGACGGGGCUGAAGGAGUCUACCCAGUACACAGUGUGGCUGAGACUCAAGUACCGCUCCGGCAUCUCCCAGUGGUCGCUCGCCCAGACCUUCACCACAGACAGUAGCGGUCUGUCAGCGUGGAUCAUUGGACUCAUCACUACCGGGGCUGUGGUCGCUGCCGUCAUCCUGGUCUUCAUUUUAGGCUACAGCAGAAGGAGACUGAAGGACACCAUGAACGACAUGACCCGAGAGCUGAACAUCCCACGAGGACUACUGACGGCGUACCCAAAACCUGGACCCGAGACUGCAGGAGACUCUAAGAGCGACGCCCACACCGCCCACAACCCUCUAACAACUCCUGUCGACACCCACAGCAAGGACCAAGAUCUUAUCCUCAGCCCCCGCCACCUCACACACAGGCCGGACUUCUCUCUCGACACCGAGGACGACAUGCAGCGUGUCUCCGGUGGCCGCGGUCUCUCACAAGGAAGACCUUUAGUCCAACAUGAUGAUGAAGAGGAUGACAAUUUAUUCAACUUAGCCACUGAAAAUAGUGGCACUGUUUUUACAAGUUCAGGUACAAGUGAAGGAACAAAUAGUUCAGCGGAGAGGAGCAUUGCUCUCCUCACCCCAGCCGUCGGUUCACCACAAGGGUCAGUCACACCUCACCAUUCUGGCUACGUGGUCCCUGUCUUCCCAGACGACCAAAAGACUAUAAAAGAAGGUCCGGUUGAUAACUCAUUCAGAAGCACCAUCCCGACUCCUGGAUACGUAGCGGUUCAGCCACAUCACUUAAAUUCUCAAGAAAAUGCAAAUUAUUAUCUUCCAGAAAUUAUUUCACAUGAAAUAAACAAAAAGAACGCUAAAACGUCAGAGUCAGAUAGUUUAUUGUCCCAGAAUGUCACUCCGGGCACUGGCUAUAUAGCUGUUCCUCCUCCUGACUUCGGAACACACAAGGCUGAGGGUUAUGUGCUUCUGGACGCAACAUGUGAUAGUCCUUCUCACGACAGAGAGUAUGAUGAGGCCCCAGAGUCACUUGAAAUGACAAGUCCAAGUAUUCAGCCAGACUGGGAGGGCUGUAAAGGCGGAUAUGUCGCCCUGGAGUUUGCAGCAGACACUGCACCUCCCACUGUGCUCCAGGGUACGAGCACUCCACCUGCAAAUCUACGCGGCAGUGACAAAUUCAAUGAAGAGGAGUCGCUGGAAGAUAAAUCUGACGUCCUUCAGUCACUCCCAGAACUGAAGGAUGAAGAUGUACAGAAGAGCAAGUGGGUCCCCAGUGAGGAGACAGAUACACACCCGAAGUUCUCACAGCUGCCCAGUGUCGGCCCCACUCCAGGUUAUGUUGCCAUCCAGCCGUCGGAUUUUGGUAUAUUAUACCAGCGUCCUGAUGAAGCGACAGUUCCUAAGAGUCAGGAUAUUGUCGGAAAUGAAAACUGUCCUGAAAUUCAGGAUGAAAACACUAACAGUUCCCUACCCAAAACUUUGCCACAUAAGAGUGAAAGCUUCCUUGAACUGAGAUCCAGCGGUUUUGUCAUAUCGCCACUGGUGCAGACUAGCGGUCAAAUGAUGGACCUGACUGUAUUAAAUAAGAGCUCAAACCCUGUUAACAUCACAGACAUGAAUAAGGGUGGCGUGAACACAUGUGGCUACGUGUCACACCCAGUAUCACUCGAGGUGGCGGCUCUAGACACCCUCAGCCACGGCUCACUAGACAGCGCUCUUGGAGGAUCUGUGUCAGACCCCACGACCUGGCCAUCGUCACCAACCAGCAAUGAAUAUAUCUGCCUAGAUAGCCUGUGGUUGAAAAAUGUUCGCACUUGCCCUCCCAAACAACAAGAUAGGGAAACCGAUUCUGUAACUGCGGAUGAUGGUAGUGUCAGCAUAGAGGGUCAAGAGGAAGCAGUGCGGCGAGAGAGUUUGACGUUUGAGGACAUUGCCAUUGGUUAUAGUAGAGUGGGAGACGCCACCUAGAGUGCCAACAGUUUUAUCUCUUACAUGUAAAGAACCAGGGCCAAAUAGGCCACAUAUACUGACCCACCUGACCUCACAGGUGCCGCACACUUGUGACAUUUUUCUAAGUCACUACGGACAUACAGAAUUAUGUGUGAACUGGACGUGACCUGAAAAUAUUAUUACAUACACAAUAGCAUCAUUUACUGUAUAUCAGAAAUAGGAUAAAAGUUCUGUCAGUAAAAUUUGUACAGGAAUAUCGCCCUUUUAUAAUGGAUUAAUUUGCCUUAGAAGUAAUGAAUAUAUUUUACAUGUUAGUUAUACAUCUUGUGUUUAAGUCUUGGAUUUGUACAUUAUAUUAUAUUCCUCGAAGCUUACUUGAGUCAUAAUCAUCUCUUUGUCUCAUCUUGCUCACGACAGUUGUCUAAGGUUCGCGAUUCUAUAUUUUAUAACUUGCUCAGUAUACUACAUCACCCAGAUUAGGUACGUGUGUGUGUGUGUGUGUGACCUCAUUGCUGUGUAACUCAAGAUAAGAUUAAAACAAUAAAAUACUGUUUAUCUUUCA